AUGGAUGAAUAUGACGCUGUAGACGCCGACGAGUUAGUGGCCAGGGCGAUCGGCUCCGCGGCGUCCCGACAGCAACACGAGAGAAGAAGGGGGCCCCAGUGGGAUGCGCUGCUUGCGGGCGGCGACGAUGAUUCAUGUAUCCACCCCCCGAGUAUAUCGGUGAAACAGUUGCUCCAGCAGGAGGAGGCACCACAGGGUGGUGAUAUCGCCAGACCAAUAGCAAAGAAACUCGACCUGGAUGCGGACGCUGAGGAGUUGACAGCGAUUCAGAGUCUAAUCGAUACGCAGUACGCCUCGUGCACCAGUAGUGGCAACGUUGCCGAUGGCAAUGAUGCCUGGCGUGCCCCGCUACCUCCACGGCCGGUGCCUCACUCUGUGCCAGCCAGUUUCAGAGAAACAUCGCAGCAGCUAUCUGACAUAGCACUUUAUGGUGCAGUCUCCCCACCGAAGCGCGCCUCGUGCAGUGAGGGUGUGCAGUGUGACAUGGGGUCCGCUAGGAGGGCAGGGGCAUUGCAGCAACAGCAACAGUUGCGGCAGGUUAUGCCGAGUGAUCCUGUGGAUGCCGUUCGUCUCUUAGCACAGCGUGUUCGUGCGCUUGAGAUGGACCGUUUCGGGCAUUCAGAAGUGUUCACUUCCAAACUUCUUCAGCAGCUUUAG